GAGGGCGGUGGGCGGGGAGGAGCAAAGUGGGUGCAGGGGGCGGGCUUGAGAGGUUUUUGCAGGCGUGAAACUUCUCUGCUCCCUUUAGCUGCUAAACGCUGGCUUUUCAGUCCGUCGCCUCUGAAAGGGAGUUGAGUUCCUGUACCCUGGUAGGUAAGUUUUCCCCAUGUUAGACUCCAGGAAAAAACUUAGGACGAUCACUUCUGUUUCUCAGUGUCUUGUCUUUACUCCUCCUCACCUGGCCCUUGGGUGUAUCCUGGAAGUGCAAGACAUUGGUCUCUGGAAAGUGGUUCAUGGACCCGUAGGAUGUGAGGUCAGAGGCUCAGCAUUGGCCCAUCUCCCCAAACGACAGACUUGGGGAGUUAAGCCACAUUCUUGGUGUUGGAAAAACUGUUGAUGCGAGAUUCCAGACCACAAUUGAAAAAAUGGUGGACCUCACCGAGCUAAUGGAGAAUGAAGUAUUCAUGGCCUUUACUUCCUAUACAACGAUUAUUCUUUCAAAAAUGAUGUUUAUGAGUACUGCAACUGCAUUCUAUAGAUUGACAAGAAAGGUUUUUGCUAACCCAGAAGACUGUGCUGGCUUUGGCAAAGGAGAAAAUGCCAAAAAGUAUCUUCGGACAGAUGACAGAGUGGAACGUGUACGGAGAGCUCACCUGAAUGACCUUGAAAAUAUUGUGCCAUUUCUUGGUAUUGGCCUUCUGUAUUCCUUGAGUGGUCCAGACCUUUCUACGGCCAUCCUGCACUUCAGACUCUUUGUUGGAGCUCGGAUCUACCACACGAUCGCGUAUCUGACACCUCUUCCCCAGCCAAAUCGGGCCUUGGCUUUCUUUGUUGGAUAUGGAGUUACUUUUUCAAUGGCUUACAGGUUGCUGAAAAGCCGAUUGUACUUGUAAAGAGAAUCCUACAACUCAUUAUUUUCCGAGAAUUCUGUACCUCCAAUUUAUAAUGAAUGCUUUUUUAGAUUCUAUGUGGAAGGGGAGCAGAGAGAUUAAGAUGGGGCAAUCAGUCUGAAUGUUAACAUCACCAAUACCCUUUAUUCUUGUUUUAUAUUUGUACUCAAAAUUUCACCUAAUUCUUAAGUCUUUUGGCUUCUUCUUUAUGUAUCUUGUUGUAAAUUCUGAUUAUAAUUUGUAACAUUCAUUCUACAUUUAAUAUUUGAAAUCUACAAAAAGGGUGAAUACAUGUGUGAUAAAUCUAUAUUGCAACAUUGCUGAAUUGGAUGUAUGAAAUAAAGAAUUUAAAAAAUA